AUGAAUUCCAUGAAAGCAUUAUCAGUGAUUUUCAUAUUUUUUCUUUCUCUGGUAACUUUUUCGUCGGGAGAUUUGAUAGAAGAUGUUUGUGGAACAUCUAGUGACUUCAAAGUUUGUAUUGACGCUCUUAGAGCGGACCCUAAGAGAUGUUCUACUGAUAAAAAAGGUUUGGUACGUAUUCUACUUCAACAGUGUUCAACAAAGGCAAAUAGUAUUUACAAUGAAGUUGCAAGUCUACUAGAGCAAGCAAAAGAACAUGUUCUCAUACAAUGCCUUCAAAUUUGUAAGGAAAAUUAUGAUAAUGCGAUAGAUGAUGCUACAUCAGCAAUUAAAUAUUUUGAUGCAAAUGACUUUUUGGCGGCGAGGACUUCUACUGUUGCUAUUGCGAGUGCUCCAGAUACUUGUGAAGAAACAUUUAAUGAACCACCUGUCAGGAUAUCCCCAAUAAAAUCAAAAGAUGAUGAUUUUAUGAAUUUUAUUGGUUUAACCAUGAGAGAUUUGAUAGAAGAUGUUUGUCGAACGUCUAGUGACUUCAAAGUUUGCAUCGAUGCUCUUAGAGCGGACCCUAAGAGCUCUUCUGCUGAUAAAAAAGGUUUGGUACAUAUUUUACUUCAACAAUGUUUAGCAAAGGCAAAAAGUAUUUACAAUGAAAUUGUAAGUCUAUUAGAGCAAGCAAAAGAACAUGUUCUCAUACAAUGCCUUCAAGUUUGUAAGGAAAAUUAUGAUAGUUCGAUAGAUGACGCUGAAACAGCAAUUAAAGAUUUUGAUGCAAAUGACUUUCCUGGGGCUAUGAGUGCCGUUUCUGAUGUUGUUAGUGCUCCUGACACUUGUGAAGAAACAUUUAAUGAAUCUGUCAAGAUAUCUCCAAUAAAAUCAAAAGAUGAUGAUUUUAUGAAUUUUAUAAAUUUAACCGCGAGUUUGAUAAACCAAUUCGGAAAUUAA